CUGAACAAUGCUCUCACUGCUCGUUCACAUCACUCUGCUCAUUUCACUUGCACACGCCAAAGUCAAACUAACCGAUGACGACUUCGAGAGUUUAUUCGCUCACAAUUUCGUGAAGAAGUCGUUCCGAUUCUGGCAGCGACCUCCGACAGGAGGCCAACAGCAGAAGCAGCAGCAGCCACAAGGGAGGCUUAGCGAUUUUAUUUGGGACGUUGCACUGGCGCGUCAGGCUGACCGAUGGGCUCAGAAGUGUACCAACAGUCGAACCACUCCCACUGACAGAACGAACAACACCAACAAGACCGUCGGUCAGAAUGUCGCCAUCUCCGAAGACAUUGGAUAUGCAGUGAUGACGUGGGCGUUGGAGAGCAUGAACUACAAUGCAACAACCGACACAUGCAGACAGCCUGGAAGGUGUGACAGUUACAAGAAUCUCGCACAAUCUGGCACAGUAUACUUGGGAUGUGGUCAGCGAAAAUGUCCAAAUAUCACAACUGGUCGCGAGAAGCUGUUCGUCUGCAAUUACUCUCCUGAGGAUCAGUGAGUCGGAGAGUCUCACCUUCAAACCGAAGACUUCAUUGGGCGUGGUGAAUACUCAGAGAAUUGUGUCCAUCCAAUGAGAGGAGAGAAGAUGUCGCGAUAUCUUCACUGUUUGUAUGUGUCCU